AUGGUUAAACAUUUUACGGAAACAAAAAAGAUUAAAAUGGUCUCAUAUUAUGAAGCUAAUAUGUCAAAACAGGAUAUUAUGAAAAAAUGUUCAAUAAGUAAAUCAAACUUAAAUAAGAUUUUAAAGAGAUAUACAAACACGAGUAAUAUAAAACGUAAGAAAGGAUCUGGAAGACCAAAUGCUUUCAACGAUUUUCAGAUAGACUUAAUGAAGAAAAAAAUAGAAAAAUCUUUAAAAUUCGAUUAA